AUGCCCCCUAUCGCCAUAUCCAUGGGCCUUUCUGUCACCGGUCAUGCCAACUCUGAAUACUUUCUUUGUCCAGUAUGUCCUGACCCCGUCAAAGGCACCUAUUUCACCAGCCGAUCGCUCGCUCAGCAUUGUAUGAAAAAGCACCGCAUCAAAUGCACCGUUGUCUGGCACUGCUACGAUUGUCCGCGCACUUUUGGUUCCCGCUCUGACUUUGUCCAGCAUCCCUGCGUUCGAAACUUUUUUGAACCGCACGCUCUACACGUUCCGCCAUUGCACCGACCUGGUCCCGGUAAUCUACCUAUUGACGACUUCCCUGCUCCCACGACAUCGACAUCGUUUUCCUGUCCUGUCUGUCAACGACUAUACAACAACCCCUCGCGCUUGCAAGAACAUUAUACAACCACUCACCACAAAUUCUUGCAUAUCGUCUGGACUUGCCCACGCUCCUGCGGCUUCGCCGAUAUCGAUAAGCUCAACUUUUCUCAUCACCUCAGGUAUGAUUGCAACGGCGACCCAAACAACUCCGAUGACAACGACACCCUGGCUUUUUGCCAUGGUUGCGAGCAAAACUUCCCUCGUCACGAACUAGACUCUCACCGAGCGACCCAUCCUGGUCUUAUCGAGGCUAUGGCGGGUGCCUGGUGUCUUCCCAUUGCGGGUUCUGAUCUCAACACGCUCAAAGAAGUCAUUGGCGACGUCGGAUGGGACCUACCAACAAUCAAACAACACCUGCAACAACGACACAUCUGGAAACAUACGAACAUCGUCAACGCUGCUGUCUCCCAGCUCAAAGCUACACGUCAAGCCAAUGAACCGGCCAUCGCCUCUACUCCUCCCUCAACGGAUGCCACUGAGACCGACGCUGCCACCAUCAUUGCUCAGCCGCGCUCAUCUACCACUAAUGUCGCCCCCACUGCUGAUACCUUCGACGAAGCUGCCGCCACUGAUAGUAACCUUCUCGAUAACGAUGAUGAUUCAGUUGUAAACGAUGCGAUAUACGGCACGCCACCAUCGACUUCACCGAUCAGUAUGCCUUUUAGGACUCCCGAAUCCAGCCCUCGCCUUACAGCCAGUGUGCUUGGAAAAUGGCCUAUGGCCCUUCGCUCGCCUCAACCUGAUUUCCAAGGACAUCGUUGUCCUCGUGUCGCUACCAUUGAUGGAACUCCAGUCCCAUGA